AACGUUCGGAAAAUUUUUUUGAACCCCCACCAAAUCCCCAAAUCACGUCGUCUCGACUCUCCCACACCUUUUUAAGCCUUGAAAUGUUCAAGCACCCAUACUCCAAUACAACUUUUCCUGAUCUCUCUCUCUCUCUCUCUCUCUCUAAUCACAUUUAUUGGAUUAAAGAAGAAGAGAAGAAGAAAACCCUUCUCAUAUUUCUUUCGUUUCCAAUCUUGCAGUCUGCCUCUGCUUUGUUUUCUUUUGUUGGGUUUCUUGAAUCUGUUUGUGUGUUGGGACCCAGAAAACGAUCUAUGGCAACCAUUAAUGGGUACACUGAGACUGCUCAAGGCUACCAAGCCAAUGGCAAUAAUACUCGGGUGAAUGCUGCGGCGUCACCGCCGAAACAGCCUCACCCUCCGGCAAAGAACGUUGAUUCUCAGUCUGUUCUUAAAAGGUUGCAGUCUGAGUUGAUGGCCUUAAUGAUGAGUGGGGAAUCUGGCAUAUCUGCCUUCCCUGAGGAAGACAAUAUAUUCUGCUGGAAAGGGACUAUUAAUGGAAGCAAAGAUACAGUGUUUGAAGGAACAGAAUACAAACUAUCCUUCUCGUUUCCAAAUGACUACCCAUUUAAGCCCCCAAAGGUCAAGUUCGAGACGGUCUGCUUCCAUCCCAACGUGGACAACUAUGGAAAUAUUUGCUUGGACAUUCUUCAGGAUAAAUGGUCAUCAGCUUAUGAUGUGAGAACCAUCUUGUUAUCAAUCCAAAGUCUGCUUGGAGAACCAAACGUUAGCUCACCUCUAAACUCCCAAGCAGCACAGCUCUGGACCAAUCAAGAAGAAUAUAGGAAGAUGGUGGUGAAGUUGUACAAGCCUCCAACUGUUUAGUUUCAUGUGUUUAGGAGUUUCUCAGUUGAAGUUUAUAGAAGCCUCUCUCUUUCUUUCUCCUUUGGUCUUUCUUUUUGGAGAAGAGAGACUGAAUUGAGUUUUUUUUUUCUUUCUUUUUUUUAUUUACUGUGGGUUUACAUUCUUUAAUCUUGUUGGAAACUCAUGGUCCUUGAUGAUGAAUGAAUGCUACAAUUGUUGUUUACA